CCACAUGUUCCACGCGCCAUACAUUGAAGUCAGUCUCCGAUUGGAAUCCCAAUUCCUUACCUCAAACCCUAAAACCCAAAUCUUGGUCCUUAAUCCUUCCCAAAAUCCCCACUCGAUUUCAAUCCCAACCUUCUCCUCCCUCCCAAACCCUAAAUCCCCAAUUCCACACCAACAAAAACAAUGCUCGGCACUCCGGGUCGCUCCCCGCGCCACCUCUCCUCCCCUUCGCCGUCCGCAGUUUCCGAUUACACCCUCCAAACCCCCAAAAGCUCCACCGCCGUCGCCGCUCCCAAAAACCCUAGAGCCGCCUGCCCCAAGGUCCUCGACGAAGACACCUUCGUGGCCGAGCUCGAGCGGAUCAUCGAGCGCGACUUCUUCCCCGAUCUCGCGAAGCUCCGGGACCGCCACGACUGGCUGGAGGCCAUCAAGACCCGCGACCCGGUCCGGAUCCGAGACGCCCAGUUACAGAUCAUCGAGCGCCGCGGCAACAAGGUACCCCGUACUUCAAACCCUAAUGCCAAAACCCCCGGUUCCACUUUCUUGCGUAGUUGUACCCCUUUAGAUGAUUUCGAUGGAAAAACCCCGAAAACCCCUAACGCCGGGUUGCCUAGUGCGGUUGAUUCCGGCGACGGUGACGGUGGUGGCGUUGAGGAGUCGUUGAGCUUGGACCAGUUUGUGAGGAGGUAUACUAGUGAGGACAAUGAUAGCUUUACGAAGAUUAUAGAGAAGGAGAAUAGGAAGAGGAAAGAGAGGUAUGAUUAUUUGUUGGAAGGCGAAAAGGAGGAGGAUGUGAAGGCCAUCGAGGAUGUGAAGAGGGAUAGGAUCACUGAUGGGUAUGGGACUUCUGAUCAGCCGCCCAGUACAUUGGAAGGGUGGAAGUAUACGGCGAAGAAUUUGUUAAUGUACCAUCCUGCUGAUCGGGGUGAGGCUCCGUUGACCUUGGAGGAAAGGUCGGUGAGGAUGAAGAGCUUGGAGAAGGAGAUUAGUCGGACGAAUACUAGGUUUCAUGGGAAGAUGAUGGAUAGGCCGAAAGAGGAAGGUGGCUAUGAGGUGCUUUAUCCUCCGGUUGCAGGGGGGACCCCGGUUAUAUUGGAUAGAGAUGGGGAUAAGUUGAAGAAGUAUGAUUUGGAUGAUUUGAGGAAGACUCCGAAUCCGUUUUAUGUGGAAUCAGAGAAGAAAGCGGACAAUGGGUAUAGUUUUGUGAAGACACCGUCCCCUGCACCAGGUGUUGAUGAAUCGCCGUUUAUAACAUGGGGUGAAAUUGAAGGGACGCCACUGAGGUUGGACCUUGAGGACACUCCUCUUGAUAUUGGUGGGAGUGAAGGACCUCAGUAUAGGAUCCCAUGCCCGGCUUCAAGAGACGAGAAGGCUUACUCACUUUCAAGAGUAGCUGCACGGAAACUGAGGGAAAGGGAAAGAUUGUUUCCAAAGCCGCCAUUGCCAUCGCCUUCUAGAGCUGGCAGUGCCAGUCCAAGUGUGCGGACACUCUCUCCUGCUGCCCAGAAGUUUGUGAGGAAUGCAAUUGCCAAGUCUUCAUCUACUGUUGAUGAAACUCUUCGAGCCAGUUACCGAGGUGCAAGUCCUGGUCUGGCUACUCCUAAAGGGGGAAGGAGUGUGUCAAGGUUUAGCACUAUGAAAUCAAGAUCACCUUCUGCAAGGGAGGGCUCACCUUGGUAAUUUGUAGUGCUAUUUGUGUGAUGUUUCAUCAUAGCAAUUAGUACUGUAUUUGGCACUUAAUAAGCCUUCUGUUUUGAACUAUAUAUGUAAAAAUUCAGCUGUUUUUCCUUUUGCUGACAAGGAGUAAUUGUAAUUGUUUGGUCCAA